UCGAAAAGGAAAAUAAUUAAUUCGGACAAAUCAAAUAACAUUUGUCGCCGUGUUCUCGGAUUCGGUCGGUUCUGCCAACUCCCAAGCAAGCCAGACGACUCGGGGAGAGAGAGAGAGAGAGAGAGAAGGGCAGGGGCCGCGGGGGAGACGGCGGCGGUUAUGGAAGAAUUGAGCGAGGAAGAGAGGAAAGCACUCCGCGGCAGCAAGUUCGCUCCACUCCCAUCACUGCCGCCUCCGUCCCAGCCCAGAUUGGCGCAUCCGGGCGGAGCCAUUAAAACCAACAAAGCGGCGGCAUUGGCGAAGUUCCUGGAGCGGAAGCUGCAGGAUCCGCAGGGCUUGGCUUCCAUUAAUCCCGAGCUCGUCGAGCUCGCCGUCAGGAAAGCCAAAGACUCUGUCGCCUCAGGCUGUGCUUCGAGCUCAGGAACAGUUAGACAUGUAGAUUUCUUCGAUGAUCCUGAGGAUUCUUUCAAUGAUGAAGCUGAUGAAGAUGCCAAGCUGAAAACCCACAAAAACAAGAAAAAGAAGAAGGAUAAGGAUGAGAAAAAGAAGAAGAAGGGGAAGAAGAAGAAGAAGAAGAGUAAAAAGCGAAAGGUAGCAGACGAUCUUGAUAAAACCGCGGUGAGCAAGAAGCCGAAAAAGAAGUUGAAAUUGUAGUAGGGUUCUUUCAAUGAUGAAGCUGAUGAAGAUGCCAAGCUUAA